GCUAAUGGAGGAGUUUCUGAGGAGCACCUUGGGGGCAUUGGCUUGGAAAGGGGCAUCAAACCUGAGACUACUUAAAGCCCUGGCCAUCGCAUCCUGAGGACUGUAGGACAGGAGACCAUGGCUGUGAGCUUAGAUGAUGACGUGCCUCUGAUCCUGACCUUGGAUGAGAGUGGCAGCGCCCCCCUGGCCCCCUCCAACGGACUGGCCCAAGAGGAACUGCCUAGCAAAAAUGGAAGCAGCUAUACCAUCAAUGACUCGCAGGACCCCAGCCUGAGCUCUGGGGGUGAGAGUUCCCCCUCAAGCCCCACCAGGCACAACUGGGAGAUGAAUUAUCAAGAAGCAGCCAUCUACCUCCAGGAAGGCGAGAAUAACGACAAGUUCUUCACCCACCCCAAGAAUGCCAAAGCGCUGGCGGCCUACCUCUUUGCACACAACCACCUCUUCUACCUGAUGGAGCUGUCGACGGCCCUGCUCCUGCUGCUGCUCUCCCUGUGUGAGGCCCCCGCUGUCCCCGCACUCCGGCUCGGCAUCUAUGUCCACGCCACCCUGGAGCUGUUCGCCCUGAUGGUGGUCGUGUUUGAACUCUGUAUGAAGCUGCGGUGGCUGGGCCUCCACACCUUCAUCCGGCACAAACGGACCAUGGUCAAGACCUCCGUGCUCGUGGUCCAGUUCAUCGAGGCCAUUGUGGUGUUGGUACGGCAGACGUCCCAUGUGCGGGUGACCCGGGCCCUGCGCUGCAUUUUCCUGGUGGACUGUCGGUACUGUGGCGGCAUCCGGCGGAACCUGCGGCAGAUCUUCCAGUCCCUGCCGCCCUUCAUGGACAUCCUGCUGCUGCUGCUCUUCUUCAUGAUUAUCUUUGCCAUCCUCGGUUUCUACUUGUUCUCCACUAAUCCUUCAGACCCUUACUUCAACACCCUGGAGAACAGCAUCAUUAGUCUGUUUGUCCUUCUGACUACGGCCAAUUUCCCAGAUGUGAUGAUGCCGUCCUACUCACGGAGCCCCUGGUCCUGCGUCUUCUUCAUCGUGUACCUCUCCAUCGAGCUGUACUUCAUCAUGAACUUGCUUCUGGCCGUGGUGUUUGACACCUUCAAUGACAUCGAGAAGCGCAAAUUCAAGUCUUUGUUGUUACAUAAGCGAACUGCCAUCCAGCAUGCCUACCACCUGCUCAUCAGUCGGCGGAGGCCCGCUGGCAUCUCCUACAGGCAGUUUGAGGGCCUGAUGAGGUUCUACAAGCCGCGGAUGAGUGCUGGCGAGCGCUACCUUACUUUCAAGGCCCUGAACCAGAGCAACACGCCUCAGCUCAGCCUGAAGGACUUUUAUGAUAUCUACGAAGUCGCCGCCUUGAAGUGGAAGGCAAAGAAAAAUAGAGAGCACUGGUUUGAUGAGCUGCCCAGGACAGCAUUUCUCAUCUUCAAAGGAAUUAAUAUCCUGGUGAAGUCCAAGGCCUUCCAGUAUUUCAUGUACUUGGUGGUGGCCGUCAAUGGUAUCUGGAUCCUGGUGGAAACAUUCAUGCUGAAAGGUGGGAACUUCUUCUCCAAACACGUGCCCUGGAGUUACAUCGUCUUUCUUACGAUCUACGGAGUAGAGCUGUUCCUGAAAGUUGCCGGCUUGGGCCCCAUUGAGUAUCUGUCCUCGGGAUGGAACCUGUUCGACUUCUCGGUCACGGUAUUCGCCUUCCUGGGACUGCUGGCUCUGGCCUUCAACAUGGAGCCGUUCUAUUUCAUAGUAGUCCUUCGUCCCCUCCAGCUGUUGAGGCUGUUUAAACUGAAGAAGCGUUACCGCAAUGUGCUGGACACCAUGUUCGAGCUGCUGCCGCGGAUGGCCAGCCUGGGCCUCACCCUACUCAUCUUCUACUACUCCUUUGCCAUCGUGGGCAUGGAAUUCUUCUGUGGGAUCCUCUACCCCAACUGCUGCAACACGAGCACAGUCGCAGAUGCCUACCGCUGGGUCAACCACACCAUUGGCAACAAGACCGUGGUGGAGGAAGGCUACUACUAUCUCAAUAAUUUUGAUAACAUCCUCAACAGCUUCGUGACCUUGUUCGAGCUCACAGUUGUCAACAACUGGUACAUCAUCAUGGAAGGCGUCACCUCUCAGACCUCCCACUGGAGCCGUCUCUACUUCAUGACCUUUUACAUCGUGACCAUGGUGGUGAUGACGAUCAUCGUCGCCUUCAUUCUUGAGGCCUUUGUCUUCCGAAUGAACUACAGCCGCAAAAGCCAGGACUCAGAAGUGGACAGUGGCAUCACCCUCGAGAAGGAGCUUUCCAAAGAAGAGCUGGUCACCAUCCUUGAGCUCUACAGGGAGGUGCGGGGAGCCACCUCCGACAUCACCCGGCUGCUCAAGACCCUCUCCCAGAUGGAGCGGUACGAGCAAAAUUCUGUGGUGUUUCUGGGACGGAGAUCCAGGACUAAGAGCGAUCUGAGCCUAAAGAUGUACCAAGAAGAGAUCCAGGAGUGGUACGAGGAGCACGCGCGGAAGCAGGAGGAACAGCAACGACAGCUCGGUGGCAGCGGCGGGGUCCCCAGCACUCAGCAGCCCCCAGGAAGCCGUCAGCACUCCCAGACCAUCACCUAGCCCCAGCUUGCAAGAGCCAUUUCUUCUAUGCAAUAACACAAUAGUACUAUUUUACUACGAUGUAUUGAAAUCAUGUGUGUAUAGGUGUAUAUAUAUGUGUAUGUGUUUGUGUAUAUAUAUAUAUAUAUACACAUGCACAUAUUCAUAUAUAUGCACAUAUUUAUAUGUAGAAGGAAAAAGAAGAUGGGGUUUGGUUUGUAACCACCUUGCCCUGUUCUCGUUAACUCCAGAAGCCAGUUGGGUUUGGGGGGUCAGACCACUGCGAGUCCUUCCUACCACCUAAGGGUGCAGAGACGCCCUCCACAGGAAGACCGCUUGCAAAGAUUCUGCUUGUCUCAGCAGGGCUGGCUUUUCAGGCGGGUCAGCCCUCCACAGGCCAGCCCCAGGCUCGGCUUCUCAAUGCUGCUUUCAGACUCCCCCAGCCGGCAGCCUCCGGUCCCAGGGUUUCCGGGUUUGGCUUAGGGACAAAACCACUUAGGAAGGAAGAACGUACAUCCCCAAGGCCUGCAUUUCUCUAUGUGGGAUAAUGUGGCAGGAGGUCCCGAGAGGGACAGGCCUGGCCCGGUGGAGACUGAUGGAGGGGAUGGUGUCAUGUGUUCAGGCUGCUGGCAGCAAAACCGUGCUGCGCUGACGGAGCUCCUUUCCUGGCUCUGUAAGCCUUCGCUCCCAAACUUGGUUUGGCUUCAACGCUUGUGGAUGAAUAUCCUUCUGCAACGGCCUCCUUGGGAUUCCAGGCCUUUCUGCCCAGCCGGGAGGACAGCAGGCUAUGACCCUGACCACCUCUGGAUUAAGCUUUCGUGAUGAAAUCCCUUUUCCUUAUCAUUUACCUGUUCAGUCAGACAGGCAUUUGGGUUAAUGAAGGAUUCUGCUAAAGACAGGAACCGUUCCUCCCUCCCUUGUUGUGGUUGGGUCCCCUGAUGGGAAGGGAGGCAGACAACACAGAGACGCCCCCUGCGGAUGGGAGAGCUUCCCCCAGCUGAGCCUGUCAGCCCCGCUCCCACUUCCCCGGGACUCGACAGCAGGCAGUGGGCGAAACUGGUUGAUUCAGAGAUGGGCUCAGAUGAACCCUCGAUUAGCCAACCCCUUGGUGCCUGGUGGGAGUUGUGCCUGAUGAGAUCAAGCCUGGUGGAGGCAGGGCGGGUGCCCGAAUCCAGAGUAGGCCCCUGGGGUUGCCUCCCUGAGCAAUGCUGGUGGUGGCAGAGCAGGGCUGAGAGGAGGUCGCCUCGCUGGGGUUCUUCUGGGCUGCAGAACCUGAUGUGGGGGCUCGCAGCCGGAGGCAGAGAUGAGGAGGUGUGGAGUGGGCAGAGAAGUGGCUACGGGUGGGCAUUCUGGCCUUGACCCCAGCUUCCAGCUACUUCCACUGCUCCCCGUGACUUGGAACAGUGGGGUGGGCCAAGGCCCCCUGCCCACCACAUCCUCCUCACAGCUGCUGGGUGGGCAGGGGAGCAGUCCCUUCUCCUCUGCAAGGCCAAGCCUUGCUCAUGUUCGAUUGGCCCCCCUCAGCAGGGGAGCACCGCAGGUGUUUGUUUUUCAAGCACCAAAAACCCACUCCUUGUACUUGAUUCCGGCUCACAGCGACCCUGUAGGACAGAGUAGAUCUGCCCCCCCAUAGGGUUUCCAAGUCUGUCAUCUUUACAGAAGCAGACUGCCACAGCUUUCU